AUGGAUCUCUGGUUGGGACACAACACCAGGCACCACAAAGAGUGCCACAGGGCUCCAACAGGGACAUGGGGCUCCCACAGUCUGGUGCAGCUGGGCCCCACAGGUGGCAACAGGAGGGCAGGGAGAAACCUCUGCCUUGCCUGGCCCUACCCUCUGGUUACUGCAGAGAAAGUGACUGCUCACAUCCAGGCUCACCCACCAGCACCCACUGUGUACUACCAGCUGAUGCUCUUCUGCAAAGUCACAGGGGACCCUGGUCCCCAGGAGUUCCUGUGGGAGAAGGAAGGAUGCCAUGACCCCCGGCAGAAAGGCCCAGACAAUGUCCUCCUCUUUCCCUACUUUGACAAGACCCACUGGGGCACCUACAGAUGCACAGCCACCAGCUCCUUGGGCACUGCUGUGGGCACCUACAACCUGUGGAUAAACAACCUGAGGUACAAAGUGUUCAUGUUUCCCCAGGAGAUGGAAGACUCCCAUGUGCUGAUGAUGGCAAAGCCAGAGCAGCCACUGCAGAACUUCACUGUGUGUCUGCAGUCCUACACCAAUCUGACCCGGCCCUACAGCCUCUUCUAUGCCACCGAGGUGCAAGACAGCGAGAUCCUUCUCUACAAGCCCAGACAUGAGUAUCAGUUCUAUGUGGGGGGCAAGUUUGUGUCCUUCCAUGUCCCUGAGAGCACCCCAGCGAGGGAGCACGUCUGCGCCAGCUGAGAGUCCACCACUGGCACUGCGGGCUUUUGGCUCAGUGGGACACCCUGGCCCCGCAAGGGGCUGCAGAGGGGCUACACAGUGUGGGCAGAGGCAGCCAUCAUGCUGGGCAAGCAGCACACCUUUGGAGGUGGCUUCGACGUUCAGGUGUCCUUCAUGGCGGAAAUCUCAUUGGUGUACAUGUGGGACACAGGGAUCACCACCAGCGUGGUGAGGGACACCAUGGAUGGCAUCCCCUACAAAGCCCCCAUCUUCGGCUGGAAUAACUUGCCUUACAAGAUCGUGGGUGAGGUGUACCUGAGGCCCUGACACCCCGUGUGGGGCUGGUCCUGUACUCUCACUCGACCUGGCUAGCAAGCACUGGGCAAGCUGUGAUUGCCACGGGAGCUGUGACCCUCCUUCCCUGCUGUCUAACACCCCCUCCCAGAGCUACUUGGCAUCACAUAAAUAAAGAAAUGGGCUUGAAAAGCAGCAAUGGUCUCUGCUGGACCAA